AAACCAAUAACACUGUCGGACUUCAGACUGUUCGGCGUUAAUUUAUAACACAAACUCAAACAAAACACUGCGUGGCAGCGGCAAUGGCGGUGUUGUGUCACAGUUUGAGGACAUUUCUGCUGUCAACAAUGAAACCGGAAGCUAGUUUGAUUAGCAGUAAAUAGGGUCAGUUUGCUAGGAAAAGCCUGAACACCAAAAUGUCUCUUGUUGAAUCAGAAGAAAGUCGGCCGCUGCUCAAAGGAGACGCCGACAGCAUACAGGAUGUCGAGAGGAGCCGGUGGAGGUCCAUCAGGGUCAUGUACUUCACCAUGUUCCUCAGCAGCAUGGGUUUCUCAAUCGUCAUCACGUCCAUAUGGCCUUAUCUACGUAAGAUUGACGACAGCGCAGACGCUAGUUUUCUGGGUUGGGUCGUGGCUGCGUAUAGCCUGGGACAGAUGGUGGCGUCGCCCCUGUUUGGACUUUGGUCCAAUCACAGGCCUCGAAAGGAGCCGCUGGUGUGUUCCAUAGCUAUCAACGUUGCGGCUAAUGUGUACUACUCCUACGUGUACCUGCCUCCGUCUUACAACAAAUACCACAUGCUCAUGGCUCGAGCGCUCAUUGGAUUUGGAGCAGGUAAUGUAGCUGUCGUGAGGUCCUAUUUAGCAGGAGCCACAUCGCUGAAGGAGAGAACCAGCGCGAUGGCGAACAUGAGCGCCUGCCAGGCUCUGGGCUUCAUCCUUGGCCCAGCUCUUCAGGCAGGUCUGUCGUUUAUCGGUGAGAAAGGCUUCACCAUGGACAUCAUUUACCUGAAGUUUAACAUGUACACGGCUCCGGCGCUGCUCGCAGCCUGCUUCGGCGUCAUCAACAUCCUGCUGGUUUUUAUCGUCCUGAGGGAGCAUUGUGUAGAUGACCAUGGCAACCAGAUCAGAGCGAUUAACUACGUCUCAGAAGAGCAACUCAUCGUGCCUCCUGAAGUGGAAGGAGAUAUCGACCAGAUCGCAGUGCUGACAUCCAACAUCCUUUUCUUCGUCGUCCUCUUCAUUUUUGCUGUGUUUGAAACUAUAGCCACUCCUUUAUCAAUGGACAUGUUUGCGUGGACAAGGAAAGAAGCUGUCCUGUACAACGGGAUCAUUCUGGCAGCCAUUGGCUUUGAGUCGAUUAUCGUGUUCCUCCUGGUGAAGGUGAUCUCCAUGCGGUUUGGUGAUCGUCCGGUGCUCUUCAGUGGCCUCGCCAUCAUAUUUAUCGGCUUCUUUAUCAUGCUCCCUUGGGGAAACCAGUAUCCAAAAAUUCAGUGGGCAGAUCUUCAGAACCGCUCCAUGCCAGUUUUGGGUCGUGCUCCGGUCUCGAACAGUAGUGUGGAACCGACCGGAUGCCCUUCAGAUCAGAUUUGGUGCCAGUUCACCCCCGCCAUCCACCUGGCACAAUACCUAACAUCUUAUAUCCUCAUAGGAGUCGGUUACCCCGCCUGCAACGUCAUGUCCUACACGCUGUACUCGAAGAUCCUGGGACCCAAACCACAGGGUGUGUACAUGGGCUGGCUGACGGCCUCAGGCAGCGGCGCUCGGACCCUGGGUCCUGUAUUUGUCUCUCAGGUCUAUACCAUCCUGGGUCCUCGCUGGGCCUUCAGUCUGAUCUGUGGGCUUGUCCUGGCAGCCAUCGUUCUCCUCACAGCGAUGUACAGACGACUCAUAGCCUUCUCUGUGCGCUACGGAAGGAUACAGGAGGGAUGAGGUCCGAGGGCCCAGACUGGAGUAUUUUACCUUCGUGAACUAAAGGCUCUGGAUGGUGGGAGAUGGACAGAAGUUUCCCAAGACUUGAUGUGAUUUCACAGGUCACGGAACAAUGCGCUUUUACAGAUUAGAGUGUGUACACACACACACACACACACACACACCUCCAGCUGUACAUUUCUCUACUAAUUUACAUGUCUUAAUUUGCAUACAUGAUUGGCUUUUAUAUUUUAUGAUGUAAUAACACAAAGGGCAUGUGCUUAAUGUGAUGAUAAUGGUCUAAAUUUUCCCAAAGCAUUGUCUCUCACCGUGCAGGUAUUUCAUGAAGGACGGUGUUCUCUUCACUGAGACAUUUAUGAACAAUUUAUACUGACAAAAAAAAAAAGCCUUCAGAAUAGAACGUGUUAAUAGCGAUGCUAUUUUGAAGUGUUUAAUAUAUAUACACAUGGAUUAUUUUUUUUAAUCACAGAUCCUCGUCAUAUCUGGAAACAAAGCUUUAUUAUAGAGCUUAUAUAUUUCCAUAGGAAAGCUAAAUGAAUGUUUUUAAAAAAUAUUUUAUGGAUGCUGUUAAGUGAAGAACUGGAUGCUCAGGUUGGGUUGAGUUUUACUGCUUAUUUAAAUUAAUACAGUAUUUUAAUGUAAUACAGUUCAGACACUGAGUGCACGGUCACUAAAAACGAACUAAAACGGGUUGGUAAGUAUUCUUUGUGGAUAUUUGUCCAGGACAAAUGGAUUAUUCUGGGGGAAUCAUUCUGUAAAAGACCAAACGGGUUUGAGUCUAAUUGUGAAAAUGUAUUUAUUAAACAUUAAAUAAUUGAGCCACUGAA